UCAUGGGCACGGCAAAGAAAGAAAGACAGAAAGGUACAAAGGUGUGCUAAAUUGAGGGGAAUGGCUUUUGACGAUCGAUUAUAUUAGCCGAAAGUGUUUAAACUAUUCAACUGAACCCUGUCGGAAUGAAAAGCGGUUCGAAUGUUUCGCCAGAAGUACUGAUCCCUUUCCGACAAUUUUUCGUUUGUUGCAGUGUAGUGCGGUAAUUGUACACCUGAGGGCGCGCCGAUUCACACUCUUUUAGGCGCGCUCCACUGGAACUGCGCCGUCAGCCACUGCGGUACCACUGGCUGCCUCUUCUGGAAUCGCCGCGAAAUGCUCCCUCACAAGCGGACUGUCUGACCUCCAGAGUCGAUCCUGUCAUCCAGCACGCAGGUGUCCAGGGCGUUUGAGGUUUAUGUGAAUGACAGCAGCGUUUUCGGCAGACGAGAGCUCACUGUCACAGCGAUGGCGAAGAGAGAGAAGCUAGCGUGCGGCUCCUCGGACCAGCUGCUCAACCCGGCAGAACCGCACUUCAGCAAGCCGCUCCAGCAGACAGAAGAGCGGCUGACCAUUUGCAGUAAAAUCUGCUUCGCCAUUGGUGGAGCCCCCAGUCAGAUAGCAGGAAGUGCCACGGCCUUCUUCCUGCAGAUCUACCUGCUGGAUGUGGCACAGAUUAACCCUUUCCACGCCUCUGUGGUGCUGUUCGUGGGAAAAGCCUGGGGUGCGGCCAUGGACCCACUGGUGGGAUUCUUCAUCACCAAGAGCAAGUGGACCCGGAUCGGUCGGCUCAUGCCCUGGAUGGUGGGGUGCACUCCGUUUGUGGUGAUCUCCUAUUUUUACCUCUGGUACGUCCCGCCCUUCUCCAGCGGGAAGUUCGUCUGGUACCUGAGUUUCUACUGCCUGUAUCAAACCCUCAUCGCGUGUUUUCAUGUGCCGUACUCCGCCCUCACCAUGUUCCUGAGCGCCAAUCAGAAGGAGCGAGACUCUGCCACAGCCUACAGGAUGACGAUGGAGGUUUUGGGGACGCUGGUGGGGGCCGCGGUACAGGGCCAGAUCGUGGCCAGCGCCCACACGCGGAAUCACUGCUCCGCCCACAACCUGACAGCCACGCCCCUGGAGAACAACGGCUCCGCCCACAUCACCCCCAUAUCCGACUUCCUCUCUCAUGCGAAGGAGAUGUAUAUGAUAGCCGCGGGAGUGAUAGGAGGCAUCUUCCUGCUUUGCACCCUCGUGAUGUUCCUGGGGGUCAAAGAGAAAGACGACCCGUACGCACGAAGCACAGGGAAGCCUAUCCCGUUCCACAAGGGGUUCCUCCUGGUGAUGCGGCACUGGCCCUACCUCACGCUGACCGCCGCCUUCCUCUUCAUUGGCGUGGCUAUCCAGCUGGUGCAGAGUAACUUCGUGCUCUUCUGUACGUACGCGGUUGACCUUCGAGACCACUUCCAUUACAUCGUGCUGAUCAUACUGAUAUCGGCGGCGGUGAGCAUUCCGCUGUGGCAGUGGUUCCUGGGGCGGUUCGGCAAGAAGACGGCGGCGUACUGCGGCAUCACGUGGAUGGUGCCCUUCACCAUCUUGCUGGUCUGCUUUCCCAACCUCGUGGUGGCGUACGUGGUUGCCGUGGCGUCCGGACUGAGCAUAGCCGCCUCGAUGCUGUUGCCAUGGUCGAUGCUCCCGGACGUGGUGGACGAUUUCAGGCGGGCGAACCCCGACUCUCGGGGGCACGAGGCCAUCUUCUACUCCUUCUACGUCUUCUUCACCAAGUUCGCUUCGGGGAUAUCGCUGGGCGUCUCCAUGCUCUCUCUGCAGUUCGCUGGGUACAAAACAAGGCACUGCCAACAGCCCGAACCCGUGGUCUACACCCUCAAAUUGCUGAUGGGUGCAGCUCCCGUAGCCUUCAUCCUGAUUGGCCUGGCCAUCCUCCUCUUCUACCCAAUCACAGAGGAGGUGCGUCAGAAGAACAAGCUCUCUCUGGACCAGCUCAGGGAACAGGGUCUCGGCACAGGAAGUGAAGCAGAGGACCUGAGGGGUGAAGUGUGACACACACCCACCCCCCCCACCUGGGACCCCCCGAAACCAGACUCUACCUGGGACACUUUAUAUUCCACUGCCUGGGAAAAUGAUCUACUAUUAGUGUAUAUUACACUGGGAAAGAAUUAUUUGUAUGUUUUAAUAUGAACAUUGAAGUUUCUAUAUUUUUACUUGAACCUGUACUGUAUUGCUAUCAUAUAUAUAUAUAAAUUAUUUAUAUAAAUUAAUGUUUAAUAACUAUUUCACUAUUUUUUUCCAUCCCAUAACUGGGAUCAUUAUUGAGUAUUGAUUGAAGACACAUUACUGUGGUGUGACGUUGUUGCUCAAUAAAAUGGAGGAGGUGCC